AUGGAGGAAGUAAGAGUUUUUCCGCUGACAUGUGCAGUACAGAACUACGCGUGGGGAAAGGUAGGGUUGGACAGCGAAGUGGCCAAACUAGUGGUUGGAGGAGACCCACUGGCCGUCAUCGAAGAGGGCAAACCUUAUGCAGAGCUGUGGAUGGGCGCCCACCCGAAGGGCGACGCUCAGAUUAAAGACAACAGGAUUGCGCAGACCACUCUGGGCCAGUGGAUCGCCCACUUCCCAGCAUGCCUUGGCUCCAAGGUCAAGGACACCUUUCAGGGGAAGCUGCCCUUCCUUUUUAAAGUCCUGUCCGUUAACACUGCCUUGUCCAUCCAGGCUCACCCCAACAGAGAAUUAGCUGCUCGUCUCCACGCUCAGUUUCCAGAGCACUACCCAGACAACAACCACAAGCCGGAGAUGGCCAUCGCUCUCACACACUUUCAGGGUCUCUGUGGCUUCAGGCCAGUGGAGGAGAUCCUGGGAUUCCUCAAGUCCGUACCGGAGUUUCGCGCUUUGGUGGGCAACGAAGCGGCCGAGGAGCUGCGGUCUGCCGCGGGCGACGCCGGACGCACCAGGCAGGCGCUAAAGAAGUGCUUCACCAGGAUGAUGAACUGUGAGAAGAAAGUGUUUGUGGAUCAACUCAACAUGCUGGUCAAGAGAGUCACGGAAGAAGGCGCGGCAGGCAAGGACACGGAGAGCAGCAACGGCGAGCUAUUGCUCCGCCUCCAUUCCCAGUACCCUGGCGACAUCGGCUGCUUCUCCAUCUACUUCCUCAAUCACAUGCGCUUGGAUCCCAAUCAGGCCAUGUUCCUUGGAGCUAAUGAACCUCACGCUUACCUGUACGGAGAUUGCAUCGAGUGUAUGGCGUGCUCCGACAACACAGUGAGAGCCGGACUGACCCCGAAGUACAUCGACGUCAACACCCUCUGUGAAAUGCUCAACUACAGCCCUGCCCCUUCCGCCGCCAAGCUUUUCCCACCCGUUCAAGACUCCUCAGACCCUUGCGUCACUGUCUACGACCCUCCUGUGCCGGACUUCACCGUCAUGAGGAUACAGGUCCCGGCUUCAGUCAAGCAGUACACCGUGACGGCCGUGGACAGCGCCAGUAUCCUGCUGGUCAUCGAAGGUGAAGCCGUCGCCACGUCGGUCGCCGCGCUGUCUGACGUCAGCCUGAGGCGGGGCAACGUUUUGUUCGUGUCGGCUAAUGAGAGCUUGUUACUGCACAUCGCCUCUCCGGGGGGUGUGAUCAUGUUUCGGGCUUGCUGCUUAUUGUAA